UUGUGCACACUAAGGCAGAGGCAAUGGCGUCAAAACCAGUCAACGUGCUUAUUACAGGAGCCAACCGAGGCCUGGGCCUGGAGAUGGUUAAGCAAAUGGUGGAGGGUUCCUGCCCAGUAAAAAAGCUGUUCGCCUGUUGCAGAGACCCAGAAGGAGCCAGGGCUGAGGCCUUGCAAACACUGGCAAAGAAGCAUGCCAACAUCAUCAAAGUCGUUCGUCUGGACGCCAAUGACCUUUGUAGCAUCAAACAGUGCGCCCAGCAGGUGGGCUCUGUGGUGGGGGCAGAGGGUCUCAACCUGCUGAUUAACAACGCAGGCGUCCUGGCCAAAGGCAACCUGCAGGAGACCAGUCAGGAGGACAUGCAGAAUGCCUUCAACACCAACAUCCUGGGCCCGAUGUACAUGAUUAAAGAGUUCCUGCCUCUCCUGCAAGCAGCAGCAAAAGCCAGUGGGCUGUCAGGAAUGUCCACCUGCAAAGCAGCCGUUGUCAACAUCACUUCACUGCUGGGUUCAAUGGCACUAGUAAAAGAGUCAUAUAGCAUCUUCCCUGCUGUUUCCUACCGCAUCAGCAAGGCCGGUCUGAACAUGCUGGCAAUGUGUUGUGCAACGGAGUUUCAGAAGGAUGAAAUCCUGUUCGCUCUGCUACACCCUGGCUGGGUCCGCACCGACAUGGGCGGAGAGGAAGGGGAGAUUGAUGCCCCGGAAAGUGUGAAGGGGAUGCUCAAGGUGAUGACCUCCAUGACUGACAAGCAGAACGCAGUCUUCCUGAAUUAUAAAGGCGACACGCUCCCCUGGUAGCUUUCAUUCAACAACCACUUCUUAACUGCAGUUAUUAUGAUACUCAAGUUAAUCACCAAAGGGAAAUAAACAUUCAUUCUGAUGUCGUUGCUUGUAUCAUACUCACUUUACAAAUAAACAUGCAAUGGAAUCAUUUAUUA